AAAGCGUUCAAGUAGGAGUUGAAUUCCUUUUUUCCUUAACCAAAUCGGACUCAAAUUUCCACUCAUUAUUUAUAUCCUAAAACCUAAUUCCUCCUUUUAUAAAAACCCUAAUUCCAUCGCCUCCCUCCUCAAGAAGUUUAUAAAAGGGAGACAAGGAAGACAAGUAAUUGCACGUUAUAUUUUCUUCAACCUAUCUUUUAUUUUUUUUUAUCUUUUGUGUUUUUAAAAAAUCACACAUAAAAUUUCAAGCAAUCAACAAUGAGCAUCAAAAUUCAGAACUUUCCUGCCCCCAUCAUAGAUCAUAGUAUGAAUAAUUAUGGAGACGGAAGGAUCAUCAAAAGACAAAAAACAGAUGACAUGUUUGAUUCAUGUCCACAUCAAAAUCUCAUAAACAAUUGGUGUAUAUGUUGUGGUAAGACGUUGCUACCGCCUUUCAAUUAUAUCCCUAACGAUUUUCACAAUUGUAACGAUUUUCGGGUUGAUAAUAAUGCGAUUCCUCAAGUCCAUAACUCAGAAGUUAGAUCCAUGUUGAAUCAAAAGAAACUCUAUCUAGUUGUUGAUUUAGAUCAAACAUUGCUUAAUUCAACUCAAUUAGACCAAUUAACUAUGGAAGAAAAAUACUUAAACAAACGAAUCGCUAAAAGCGACUUGUUUAGGGUAGAUAGUUUAGGGAUCAUGACAAAGUUGAGGCCUUUUGUUCACAAGUUUUUAGAAGAAGCAAAUAAAAUGUUUGAGAUGUGUAUAUACACCAUGGGUGAUCGUGCUUAUGCCUUAGAGAUGGCUAAACUUCUUGAUCCAGAAAACAACUACUUUAAAUCAAGAAUAAUAUCGCGAGAUGACUGCCCUAACCAAGCUCAAAAAGGGUUAGAUGUUUUACAACUACCAGAGAGUGUAGUUUUAGUACUUGAUGAUACUAAAGCUGUUUGGGAAAGGAACAAAGAUAAUCUUAUAUUAAUGGAUAGAUAUAUUUACUUUUCAUCGAGUUGUCGUGAAUUUGGGUUCAAAAACUGUAAGUCUCUUGCUCAGUUGAAGAGAGACGAGGACGAGUUUGAUGGCGCACUUGCAACCACUCUACGAGUUAUUAAAAGAAUACACCAUGAUUUUUUCAAUAUUAAUCCUCAAUAUGGAGAUGUGAGGCAAGUGCUUAAAACAGUAAAAAAGCAAGUCCUUAGAGAUUGUAGGAUAGUAUUUAGUGCCGUUUUCCACAGAAAUUAUGUUGCUGCUGAUCACCGUUUAUGGAAGAUGGCUCAAGAGUUAGGGGCAACAUGUUCGACUACAUUCGACUCAAGUGUCACACAUGUUGUUUCACUAGAUUGUAGUACGGAGAAGUCUGUUUGUGCAGUCCGUGACGGCAAGUUUCUGGUGCACCCGAGGUGGAUUGAAGCUGCAUUUUAUUUGUGGCGAAGACAGCUAGAAGAUAAGUUUCCAGUAGUAAAGCGAGUGUCAACUUCUGCUUCUGCUCCUGCUCCUGCUCCUGCUGCAGUUGAAGGUGUUGGGAAUACUAUUACUACUAACCCUGUUGUUAAGAAUGUUACUCCAAAUCCCAGGAUUGCGACUGUGCUCACCCAGCCUGCUCUAGCUAAAUAUACAGCAAAUAUCAAAAACUGAUAUUCAGGACUGGAGAUAACACCACAGCUUCGAAGUUACAUGACUAUGCAUAAUGGUUUAAAUAUAUUAUAACUUUGGAGUUACAAUGCUUCAAGUAUGUAGUAACAAAUCUAACAAUUAACCAAUUUGAUAAGUUUAAAUAACCAAUAUGAUCACCCUUUUUUUUAUUUCAAAAUUCAGACUGUGUAUACAACUAAUGUUACAACAAUCUACAAAUAUAUUUAGAUAUUUUAAUUAAAACUUAAGAACUUAA